UUUUGCGGCGACGUUCCAGAGUGACGCUGGAAGUGUUUCCCUUAUCCCGAUAAUUUCCCUGCCCCUGACGUGACGUGGAUCAGCGCGAAUGAUGGAAUAUGGUGGGCUGUACAAAUAAAGCAACGGUUUAUCAAUAUAUGGUCGUGAUAUGUCAUAAAUAAAUCUGUUAAAACAAUAAUUGUCACGAACGGGCACGAGCUAGAUUUCUUUUAUAAUAUUUAAUAAUUGUUUUAUUUUGUAAUUACGUGACGUUGCGACCAUGGGUCUAUGCAAGUGUCCGAAAAGAAGAGUAACGAAUCAAUUUUGUUUCGAGCAUCGUGUCAAUGUAUGCGAACAUUGCAUGGUUACAAAUCAUCCAAAGUGUAUAGUACAGUCGUAUCUGUUAUGGCUUCAUGAUCACGACUAUAAUCCAAUCUGUACAUUAUGUUCCAAUAAAUUAAAUGACGGUGAUUGUGUGAGGCUAACAUGCUAUCACAUGUAUCACUGGGUAUGUUUGGAUCAAUAUGCAAGAGAUUUACCAGCAACCACCGCACCAGCAGGAUAUACUUGCCCUGCUUGUAAAGCUUGUAUCUUUCCACAACCAAAGCUAGUAUCACCAGUUGCUGAUGUACUGAGAGAAAAAUUGGCUACUGUAAAUUGGGCCCGUGCUGGUCUUGGUUUACCAUUGCUAAGCAACGAUAGAGAACAGAAAACAGAACAUGAACGUCCUUCCAUAGCAGUGAACGAUACUAUGUUCCAAAAUCAUACAAUGUCUACGCCAUCGUCGUCUACUGUAGCUAUAUCUCGUACAAAUACCGUCGAUUCAAAUUCCAUUGUCAGCAGUGUGCACACGAACAGUCAAAAACUCGGUCCGCCUUAUUCUGUUGUGAACAUUGACUCUUUUCAAGGAUUAUCUUCAGCUUCCAGAAAAGUAUGCGAGGCCUAUGACGAUCCAAAAGACAUAUUCUUCGAUCACGAUGAGAACAAGUAUCAGAGGAAGUCCGCUGUGGAAUGGUUUUUACGUUGGUGGAAACUGAUACUGGGAGCGCCAUCCCGACAGAGAACCACGAGACAUCUGUAUAAGAGAUAUGUCGUAAUAACUAUUGUUGGAUUUUUGUUUUUUAUUGGGCUUAUUCUUAUCUUCUCGCAAUUGGGCAGAAUGGCUACGGAUGGCGAUCCGAGCUUCGAUGUAAUAGCGAAUCCUAAUCUAAAGUUUGGAGACAAGUUGUAAUCUCUUCAAUCGCGUGUGUGCACGAUUGUCGAUGCUUGUAUAUGAACAAGACAAGGUCUGGAAGUACUAGACAAAAAAAUCACGAAACCAUAUAGUUCCAAUAGGACUGAACAUAAUUGCGAUAAUUUGUAAACAAGUGCGCACUUUUCUAGUUAGAAUUUAUGUAUAUUAGCGGUGCAUGUAUGUGUGUGUGCGCGUGCAUACUAUGUACAUUUAUGUGUGUAUCUGGGCGUGUUCGUGU